AUGAAGCCCAAGGCCGCCGCCGGCGAGAAGGGCCGCGGAGUGGACCCGUCGCUGCCGCGGUUUAAGUGCCAGGAAUGCCACCGGGCGCUCCUCGUCGUCGGCGUGGAAUCAUUCCCUGAUAGGUUGCCUGCUCACGCCAACUCCGGUAUGCAUGCAUCCUCUGUUCAAGGCAGUAUUAUGGGGGCGAGCAGGAUGGACAGUUCUUAUGUUGUGUUGUCCAAGCAGAACAGAUCUCAAGGCCCUGGGAUUCCCCCACGGCCACCAAAUGCAGCAGCCCGGCAUGUCGAGCCUAACCAAUCAACAAGAGCAAUAGAGGGAUCAUAUAUAAUGCUUCCACCUGCCGCUGCUUCCAUAUACAAGACAUCUACCUCCGAAGGUGGUGGCGCGCAUCUGUCGCCUCCAAAUCUUAACUCUACUAGCCCUUCACCAGGCAACAAUACUGGAUUUCACUCUAGUGUGACUGUCUUAAAGCGGGCAUUUGAGAUUGCUAGUUCACAAACUCAGGUUGAGCAGCCACUAUGUCUGGAAUGUAUGAGGGUGCUUUCUGAUAAGAUGGACAAGGAGAUUGAGGAUGUAAAUACUGACAUCAAAGCUUAUGAUGCAUGUCUUCAACGUUUGGAGCAGGAAUCCUACAACGUCCUUAGCGAAACUGAUUUCCUCAAGGAGAAAGAAAAGAUAGAGGAGGAAGAAAAGAAACUAAAAACUGCUAUUGAAGAAGCAGAAAAGCAAUAUUCUGAAGUUAGCUCUGAGAUGAAGGAUCUUGAAACAAAGUCGAAACAAUUUGAAGAAUUAGAAGAGCGGUAUUGGCAUGAAUUCAACAGCUUCCAGUUUCAGCUGACAUCUCACCAGGUAUAUAUACCAUACCUAUUACAGGCCACACAUUGUCAGCUUCCAGAAGAAAGAGAUGCGGUUUUGGCCAAGAUAGAAGUUUCACAGGUCCACCUGGAAUUGUUAAAGCGCACAAAUGUUCUCAAUGAUGCAUUCUAUAUUUCACAUGAUGGAGUUAUUGGAACAAUAAACAACUUCCGUCUCGGUCGUCUGCCUAAUGUACAGGUUGAGUGGGAUGAGAUAAAUGCUGCUUGGGGUCAGGCUGCUCUUCUGUUACACACCAUGGCUCAGUACUUCCCGAAAUUCCAAUACCGAAUCAAGAUUCACCCUAUGGGAAGCUACCCAAGAGUAACAGACAUCAACAAUAAUACCUAUGAACUGUUUGGUCCUGUGAAUUUAUUCUGGAGCACCCGAUUUGACAAAGCCAUGACAUGGUUUCUCACUUGCCUUCAAGAGUUCUCUGAGUUUGCCAUAAGUUUGGAUAAAGAGAACAAUGUUCCGGCUGACAAGUCAUUGAAGCUCCCCUACAAGAUUGAUGGUGACAAAGUAGGGAGCUAUACGAUCUUCUUAAGUUUUAAUAAACUGGAGAACUGGACAAAGGCUCUAAAAUAUAUGCUUUGCAACCUGAAGUGGGUUCUCUACUGGUUUAUCGGCAAUACAAGUUUUGCGCCACCAUCUGCAUCUUUGUACUUGGCGCAGUCUCCAAACAAGAAGGGUUGA